CACAAACGUUUUCUCACAACCUCUUACUGGGCUAAUUCACUGUUCGCCUGCUUAAAUUCUAAACCUGGCUGUCAGCAAAGGCUUAGAAACAGACUUGACCGUUUCCACCCGUGCUUUUCAUUACUAUUAACGCGCAGUUACGGUUUUCCCAGUGAUUUCUUAUUGCACGAGGUUCUUCUCCAUUUCGAGCGAAGAGCAGUCAUACGUGCAUUCGCGCGCUUCCCUUGCGCUGAGAAACAGGCUCCCUUUGUGGCAUCGUAGAAUGCAGAAGUCGCGGCUCCCACUGGAUUCUGGUCUCAGCGAGCGGAGUUUUUUUUUUAUUCCGUUGGAAAGAGGAAGUGGGGUGCCCUGAAAUUAUUCCUCACCAGGAACGCCCUCGUGAGAAACGGGCGUCGCGGGACGCAGAUGCGCAGAGAAUGUCGACGGGCGAGGACCAUCUAGUGUUCGAGAGCUUUUUGAAAAAGAGAAUGAAGCUGAAAUGGGUGAGCUAUUGGUUCAGGCUGCAAAACUCAGUGCUGUGUUUCUACACUCAGAAAGCAGGAAGUUCUUUACAACUGAAAGGACAAUAUUACAUAUGGAUGGUACAGUCAGUGCGUGAAGUCCAGAAGGCGGAGGGAAAACGCUACGCUUUUGAGAUCAGUAUGAACAACGGGAAAAAGAAACUGCUGGCAGCAGACACGGCAGACCUCAGACAGACCUGGGUUGGCCUCCUGUGGAGGGCCAUGCAGUCCCCUGGACACAGGCACCCCAAUCCUGCCUGCAUCUGGCAGGAGGGGGCGGAGCUGAGGCCGAGUUGGCGGGGCAGCCCUCGCAGCGUCCCGUCAGGGGGCGAGAGGCGGGAGUUGGACAGAGGGCGUCUCCGCGCUGCCUCCGAACCGUGGAACGGGACGACCCUGACCCUUGACCCCCGCUGUCCAGCCACACCCCCAACCGCCGCUUCAAAUCCUGUUUCACUCGUUUCAGCUGCAGCCUUCGACAGCGGCCUCUGGAGAUCCAGCCAGGGGCCGCCGGACGAGGAAGAGGAGGAUGCCGAAGCGGAUGACUAUGACGUACUGCCAUGCAGGACAACGGCGCAUCUGCUUCAGGAGGAAGAGGGCAUAUACGACGUCCCGCUGAGCAACAUGAGGGUCACUGAGGACCCGCCCCCAGGGUACAGAGUAAUUGAGGAGAGCAUCUAUGAUGUACCGAGUUCUUUGCUGAGAAGGCUGUCGGAACGGAGUAUCGGGACCCAAUCGGAACGGGCCUGGCUGCCUGACGGCGGGGGCGUCCCGCAGGGUGACCAGGCCAGUUUCCAAAGCGGGACGGUGGGAUGGAUGACACCUGCUGCGGAGGGGUAGCUGACCACCCGAACCGUUACCAGGGUUACCACAGGUCUGCCGGAGCCGUGGGGCCUGCAACCAAUCGUUAAUGUUUGGAACAUAUUUGCAUGUGAAUGCCGGAAAAUUAUUAUUAUUAUUUAUUUUUAUUUUUUUAGUGGUAAUGCACUGCAAUAAACACACUCUCCGCGGAAGCUA